GAAAGAAAAUUCAGUUCGCUCCUUUCAAUCGCUAGAGGGCGGCGUAAUUCAUCCCGACCGCUUUUCACAUCAGUUUACCAGCGCGAAGUCACGAAGAAAUGAAACAUGGCGGACUCGGUUGGGAGACAGACUGACAGCAUCAACCAUGCUACAGGUGAAGAUGGGAAGUCGCAAGACAUUUUACGAGCAAAGAGUGAAGGUAAGGAAAUGACCAAAGAAGAAAAGCAGCGUCUUAGGAAAGAGAAGAAGCAGCAUAAAAAGAAUAAAAAGGAUGACAAGGGUCCUCCGGAGAAGGAGAAAGAGAAAACAUCUGUACCAGCUCCGUCAAAACCUGUCACACAGAGCCCAGCACAUAAAGCCCCUGUGCCUGCAAAUGCAUCUCCAUCUGAAUCUUCUGCGGCUGCAGAGAAGCCUGCGAAGAGUAAAGCAGAGCUGCGAGCAGAGCGUCGGGCACGGCAAGACUCAGAACGGGCAUCAAAACAGGGCAAGAAAGAAGGAGGGCAGCAAUCUGCCUCCAGCAAGCCUAAAGCUACUCCCAAUGAGCUUCAGCCAGUUCUGAAAAGGUUACCGGAGCACGUUCAGGUGGACGACCCUGCCGCAUUGAAGAAGUUGGCCAAAAAGCUUGAGAGACAGCAGAAGUCAGGGCAGGGAUGCGGUUUAAAUUUAACUGGAGUCAAGGUUCCUUUGAGGUCAGAUUAUGGCUACAAGGUCAGCCUGUUCUCACAUCUACACCAAUACAGCCGGAAACACCCUCCCACCCAGCAAAUCAGCAUCCCAGCCACAGUUAUUCACCCAUCCAUUGUUCGGUUGGGCCUCCAGUACUCUCAGGGCAUUAUAGCAGGAUCCAAUGCUCGCUCUGUGGCCCUACUACAUGCCUUUAAACAGGUUAUUCAAGACUACAGCACACCUCCAAAUGAGGAGUUGUCAAGGGACCUUGUGAACAAGCUGUCGCCCUAUAUCAGUUUUCUCAGCCAGUGUCGGCCCCUUUCAGCCAGCAUGGGCAAUGCUAUCAAAUACAUCAAGAAGGAAAUUUCAAAUAUAUCUAGUCAAUGCAAAGAAGAAGAGGCGAAAAAUAGACUGCAGAGUUGUAUUGAUAAAUACAUAAAUGAGAAGAUCAUUUUGGCUUCUGAAGCCAUUUCUAAGUACGCUAUUGAGAAGAUAAGUGAUGGAGAUGUCAUUCUUGUUUAUGGCUGCUCUUCGCUUGUCAACCACAUUCUGUGUGAAGCUUUUGAAAAGCAGAGGAAGUUCAGAGUCAUAGUUGUGGACAGUCGACCCAGACUGGAGGGCAGAGAGGCGCUGAGGCGUCUGGUGAAGAAAGGCAUCCGCUGUACUUAUGUGCUCAUAUCUGCCUUGUCCUACAUUCUGCCUGAAGUAUCCAAGGUAUUUCUUGGUGCCCACGCACUCCUUGCCAAUGGAUAUGUGAUGUCACGUGUGGGAACUUCCCAAAUUGCCCUGGUAGCGAAGGCCUACAAUGUACCAGUGCUGGUCUGCUGUGAGACCUACAAGUUCUGUGAACGAGUGCAGACGGACUCUUUUGUAUCCAAUGAAUUAGAUGAUCCUGAUGACCUGAUUGUGACCAGAAAUGGGAAGACCCACCUAGAGAACUGGCAGACUGUUAAAUCACUGGGGCUUCUGAACUUGGUGUAUGACGUGACGCCACCGGACUUUGUGGACCUUGUGAUCACUGACUUGGGCAUGAUCCCCUGCACCUCUGUGCCUGUGGUACUGCGAGUCAAGAACGUAGAUCAGUGAAGAGCAGACAAACACGGUUCUGCUUUCCUCUUGAGUCUGUGUACAUGGGGCUUCUGGCACAAAAUAAACAUAUCUAUGAAAAGGAACAAGCUUUUCAAAUAAAACCACUGUUUAUGUCCUCACUGGCCCGGUCCGUUUAAUUUCGAAUUGCAUAACUGGUCCAAUUCCAGUUUCUAAAAAAAAUGACGCAGUCUGGUUUUGGUUCACCUAUAAUGAGAUUUUCUUUGGAAAAUUCGCAAAUUAGUACUUAGACUUCUUGUACACAAGAUCAAGAAUGUCAGAUUUUCAUUCUUGUGUCAGAUCCACGAAAUUCAAGAAAGUGUCAAUAAAGCAUGUGUGCUUUCAGUUUUGGUCCCUCAUGGUGGUCAGUGCAUAGACAUAAACAUAAGAAACAUCUAUCAUCCUUUCUGGAUAGUUGCUAUUGCCGAAGUCCUUUCAUAGAUUUGGAAAAAGGGAAAAAGAACAUGGUGCAAAUGUGUGUAAAACCAUGCAAAAGCUAAAUAUGUUGCAUAAGGGGUUUUGUUUAUAUUACUUAAACCUUGGAAAUGCUACGGAAAAAUAAAUGGUUUAGAUAAAAAAAAAA